GCUCUCGCGGAGUUACAAACUGGAUGGAGCCGAUUGAAGUAGGCUAGAUACUUUAGUUAUAAUAAGUGGAUUUUGACAGCGGAUCUCUGGCUUCAGUCUGACGACGUUUCCUACUGGAUCUUAUAGCUUGCCCACUGGGGAAAAUAAACCUUUAUCUGCAAGAAACAUAGCUGGCAUGCGCUAAUAUGGAAACCAAACCAUUCUUGUCUCUAGGGCUCCUGAAAAACCCCUGCUCAGUAGCGCCGCCGUGUUUGCGGAGCCGGCCGGGCGACACUGGCAGUUCGCCCAAUGGCUGCUCCGGCUUCAUGGGUACAUACCCACUACAACAGCGCAGGAUAUCCACAGACUCCCCUGGUCAGCUCUUGUCGUCUCCUCUGAGCUCCUCCACGGGUCACCGAGGCAUCAGUAACCAUCCUCUCCACCCGCCCCUGCUCAGCCCGUCCGCCAUGAACUCCAGCCCGGGUCAGCUGCACUCUCCCAUCAGCACCCUCAGCUCGCCCAUCAACGGCCUGCCCUCGCCGUUCCCCAUCAUCAACUCACCCAUGGGCCACCCCUCCAUGAGUGGCCUGGCCUCCACUAGCAUGACCUUCAGACCCAGCCUGAGCCCACAGCUCAGUUCACCCAUGAAUGCAGUCAGUAGUUCGGAGGACAUUAAACCCCCUCUGGGUCUGAACGGGGCGAUGAAGGUCCCAGCACAGCCCACAGACACAUUCCUCUCCCUCACUAAACACAUCUGUGCCAUUUGUGGAGACCGUUCAUCAGGUAAACACUACGGGGUGUACAGCUGUGAGGGCUGUAAGGGCUUCUUCAAGAGAACGGUGAGAAAGGAUUUGACGUACACUUGCCGAGACAACAAGGACUGUAUAAUUGACAAACGCCAACGCAACCGCUGCCAGUACUGCCGUUAUCAGAAGUGCUUAGCCAUGGGAAUGAAGAGAGAAGCCGUUCAGGAGGAGCGACAGCGGGCGAAGGAGCGGAGCGAGGCUGAGUUCGGCAGCUGUGCCAACGAGGACAUGCCCGUGGAGAAGAUUCUGGAAGCCGAACUGGCAGUGGAACCAAAGACGGAGACCUACGUGGAGGCCAACCUGAGUGCGCCUGCCAAUUCUCCUAACGACCCUGUAACAAACAUCUGCCAAGCAGCUGACAAGCAACUCUUUACCUUAGUGGAGUGGGCCAAGCGGAUACCUCACUUUUCUGAUCUCCCGCUGGACGAUCAAGUCAUCCUCCUGAGAGCAGGGUGGAAUGAACUCCUGAUCGCCUCUUUUUCACAUCGUUCUAUAGCUGUGAAAGAUGGGAUAUUAUUAGCCACAGGCCUUCACGUCCAUAGAGAGAGUGCACACACUGCCGGUGUGGGAGCCAUCUUUGACAGAGUGCUGACGGAGCUUGUGUCGAAGAUGAGAGACAUGCAAAUGGACAAGACUGAACUUGGAUGCCUGCGGGCCAUUGUUCUGUUCAAUCCAGAUUCAAAAGGACUGUCUAAUCCAUCAGAGGUGGAGGCAUUAAGGGAAAGAGUGUAUGCAUCUCUAGAGGCCUACUGUAAGCACAAAUAUCCCGAUCAGCCUGGAAGAUUUGCCAAGCUGUUACUGCGUCUGCCUGCCCUGCGCUCCAUCGGCUUGAAGUGUCUUGAACAUCUCUUCUUUUUCAAGUUAAUCGGAGACACACCCAUCGACACUUUCCUAAUGGAAAUGCUCGAAGCGCCACACCAAAUGACAUAAGGGAAUGAUUUCUUUUCAUCUCCGCCCCUCUGACAGAGGGUGCAGCUCAUGUACAGGACACUACAGGAGGCCACAGGACACAUCUCUGAUCUCACAGGAGAAGACUGAACUCAGAGUAAUUCAUCAGAAACAUUGCGCAAUCCACAAAAUACUGUGUAACUGUUCAUUACAGAAUAGCACGCAGGAUGGAUUAAGUGAGGUUUUUCCUGGUUUGCAUGCACGUUCGGGAAGUCUCACGGAGUUCUGGAGUUUUUGGUUUCUCAUUUCUUCUGCCUUACAGAGGUCUACCUCUGCUUUUGUACACAGCCAAACCGCCUCAUCUCUAAACUCACAAUCAUUUUGCUGUGAAUUUUCAGAUUUCAUGAGAGGAAACAAAAUACCUUGGAUGCACUUCUUCAUGCAGCUGUCCUUAAAAAACACAUUACUGUAUCUGCCAUUGGAACAGUGAACAGGACCACAGUAACUAUUAUUUUUCCCCCAGGCACUUAGAAAUUCUUUAAGAGGUAUUGCCAUACGUCGGGAUUCUUAAAGUCCAUCUUCAUGAGGAAGAAACUGCACGCAGGUUGGCUUCAAGUCCUUUUCUUUUUGGAAGAUAUAUGGGCCUAUGAAUAACAGAAUGGUCUAAAAAGAAUGAAAAGCAGGUGUACUCCUGGCUGAACUCACGCUGAUGAAAAUACGAUUCAUUGUUAGAAUUGUGUAAAAAAAAUUAUUGGAGAUAUUUCAUGAUGUUUUGCCUCUAUAAUUCAACAUAAAUAUGUAUUAAGUAUUUCCAAAGAGUUUCAAUAAUGUUAUAUAUAUAUAUAUAUAUAUCAUCUGAUAAUUCCCAGCAAGUGGUUGUUUGUGAUUUGAAAGUAUGCAAUGAGUUAAAGGAAUCCAGAUGAUAGUCUGGCCUCAGGGAAUUGCGAGGUUUGGAAAGUGCCAUGCCUGUCCCCUAUUGGAAAAGUUGUGACAUUGCAGCUGUACUCAUUUGCUAUUACAUGAAGUUUAACAGUUGGGUUUUUAAAGAAUGCUUGGCAAACAUUGCAACAUAACAAUUUCUAAGCCUCAGGUUGAUUCAAAUGCGAUUUUUUUGGUUCUGUUGUGCAGUCUUAUCUGUGUAAUAAGGAAGAAACUGUAAUAAUGAUCGAUUUCGUAACAUUUGUAUUGAUGCAUCAAACCUCAAUUGCAGAUUGAGCCAAUCUGAACCAGUGUUUUCAUGAUGACGAUGAAUUUUAAUAACUAUUAUUGGAAUUCGGGAGGUAUUUGAGCUGCGUAGCAGUUGUCAUUAGCAGACAUAGUGCAAAAGACCUACUGAUUUAGACCACACAUUCUGCCGAAUGAUAACGCCAGGCCUCACAGCAACAUGAGUAUUCAGCCUAAGAUACACAUAAACAGCAUAUACUGUCUAUGUGAUUGAUAUACACAACCUGAAGUUCUAGUGGUCAUGUUUUUAAGCUUCGACCAGGGGGAAAUUUGAAUCGGUGUCAUGGAAGACCAGUGGACUCAUUGUACAUCUUUGGCCUUUCAUUACUCCAAAACCAGCAUAUUUAGAAUGUGCAGACAAGAACUAAAGACACUUUUGCUGAGGUAUAGACAAAACACAGACAUUGUAAGCGCUCUUGGAUUCGCACUGUGUCAAAAAGGGUUUGUUAAACCAUCAGGAGCCGGGCACAUUUGAUCUGAUAUCAGCUACAAUCCUGAUGUGCCGCUAUCAGACAUCUGUAUUUCCCUGCGAGACACCAAUCCAUCACAGGACAUGUCAGCAAAACAUGAAAGAGAUGCAUUUUAAGAGAAUGAUCUAUUUUUGUACAAAGUGUAAUUUUUUUUCUCUACGUCAUUAUUUAGUCUGUUCUAUAUUGUACACAUUGUUGGUGUAAAUAUUCAUUUUUAAGUGGAGCCGUGCCCUCAAACCUGGACUGAGUGAAAGGUUUAUGUGCAAAGGCUUCUCUGUUCCUCUGCCAUUGGUUUUCAUGGUACCCUCACCUGAGAGCUGAGGACAGCUCACAGUUGGUUUUUUUACCAGACAAAUGGAGGGUGUAUUGUGUAUUGUCCUAUAUUAUGUCUGUUCAAAGGACUAUUAAAUUUCAGAUUGUAAAAAA